AUGCGAGAUUAUUUUGCCGCUUGGAUGUCAGAGAGGGAUUCUUUUAGGUCUGCUGCUGAAUUCUGGGAGGAGGGCAAAUCUGGGCUUAAGCGGGUGGCACUGUGGUACAGUAAGGCUAGGGCACGUCGCCGUAAACGGGCUCAACGUAAACUCCUGAAGGAUUACAACAAGGUCUCUAAAAGAGAGGCCGCGAUCUGUGAACAGCCGUUCACUUUGGAAGAGCUGCACUCUGCAGCAAAAUCCAUGACGCUGAACAAAUCCCCCGGUAUCGAUGGUCUUCCUGUCGAACUGUAUUUGGCUUUCUGGGAUGUGCUAGGUCCUAUCCUGCUGGACGUUGCCAACGAGGUUUUGAGCAGGACCUGUUCUGUGCCAGGGAGGUCAAUCCUCACCAAUAGCUUCCUUGUUCGGGACCUUAUAGAGCUGGUCGAACACGAGGAUAUCGAGGCGGCAAUCAUAAGCCUUGAUAACAAGAAGGCUUUCGAUCGUUUGGAAUGGGCUUUUAUGCACAAAGUGUUGGAGCGGAUGGGGUUCGGGCCUGUUUUUUGUAAAUGGAUCCGGCUUCUUUACAAGCCUCCUGUAAGUCGUGUAAUGGUGAAUGGUUUUAUAGGUGACCCUGUUCUCCUCGAGCCUGGAGUUCGCCAGGGCUGUCCUCUGUCUCCCCUGCUUUACGUUCUGGCCGCAGAGGUUCUUGGGGUGGUUGUGAGGUCUUCUGACAUGAAGGGAGUGAGAGUCCCUGAUGUCGAAGAACCGAUCAAAAUCUCCCAGUAUGCCGACGACGCAUCUCUCUUCGUGGGAGAUGAAGACUUUAACAUUGCUGAGACCAUCUUGAACAAGUACCAAAAAGCGUCUGGCUGCAAAGUAAACAGAUCCAAGUCAAAAGGGUUAUUCUUGGGUGCUUGGAAGGGUCGUGCUGAUACUCCUUUGGUUUUUGACUUGCCGGCGGAUAAGGAGAACACAUUAGUUGGGAUGUGUCGGGAUUUUUUGUGGAAGAGUAAAAAGCCUCUGGUCUCUUCCAAAGUUUGUACCCUCCCCAAGGCAAGUGGAGGUCUAGGCCUCGUAGAUAUCCCUAAGAAGGUUCAGUCCUUAAAGCUGGCUUUUUUGGAGCGGCUUAUGUUGAGUUCGUCUCGGUGGGCUCAGGUAGGCCGGAGGCUUGUGGCGUCGAAAAGUGAACCCCACGCUGUGGUUGACUUUUUCCGGCUGCUUAAAGCUCCAACGCGUUUCAGUUCUCUUCCUCGGUGGUACUUCGACCAUCUGAAGACCUUCUUUAAGCUGAAACGGACUGAGGCUGAUCCGGUUUCGUGGCAGGAAGCUCUGGAUCAGCCUUUGUAUGGAAAUCCCUUAAUUUUGGGAGAGGGUGGAAGACCCUUGAUGCCUGGUAAGACGGCCACGCCCAGUGUCCGGCGAUUGUCGGAUAUUGUGGAUGGAGGCAUCAGAGUGUGGCUGGUCCUGGAGUCUGUCAAUUGGCGUCACCUAGCAGCUGUGCGAAGGGCAAUACCGAAGACAUGGUUCAAUCUGCCGGAUACUGUCACGAAUCCCAGCCGGACGAGGUAUCAAGUUAAUCAACAGGACCUUUCUCAGCUUUCCUCCAGGAGAUGGUAUCAGAUCCUUCUGGUGGACAUCGACGUAACCCCCGCCGGAGUCCAGAAGUGGCAACAGUUGGGUUGGGUGCCAUCGUCCUGGAGGAACUUGUUUUUAUCGCUCUGGAAGUCUGGGGUAGACAACCGAGCUAAGGAGGCUGUUUGGCUGCUGUGGCACAGACAGUGGUGGGUCGGGCAUAAGUUAGUCCGAGCAGCACUGUCUGCAUCUGCCGACUGUCCUUUGUGUUCGUCUCAAGACGAGACCGUAGAACACCUUGUGUGGCAUUGCCCGGUUGCGUCCAGCAUGUGGCAGAUGUUGGAACGGACGAUUGGGCGCCUCCUUGGACGAGGGUUCUCGUUCAGCCUGAAAGAUGUGUUGUGGGGGGACUUGAGACAAGUGCCGCCUUCAUUGAAACCGGUCGUCAGAGAUCAGGUGUUUCUUUGUAUCUGGUCAAUUUGGAGGCAUCGGUGCUACGUGGUAGCACACAAUCACGUGAUCGACCAUCUUAAGGUGGUGCCCAGCCUUUUCCACAGGGACCUGCAGUACCACUUGCUGACUGUUUUUGAACGGCAUCGCAGGCUGGGAAAGUUGGCAACAUUCAAGACCACCUGGUGUCGCAAUUCUAUUCUUUGCGUUCUGCGGAACGGCAGGCCCGUUGUCCAAUUUUAA